AUGAGGUCAUCUCUUCUCAGCGCGCACUCCGGUGUAGAGCAGAGCGCUGCGAUAGUCAUACAAGCAUGGAUCCGCGGCCAUAGAAGUAGAAAAGAGACGCUGGAAGUGUGGGUCUCCUAUCUCUCUUCGGUAAAAGAGUGCGAGGGGGAAAAGGUUGAAGCAAAGAUACGGCUCCCACUACUAAAGCAUAUAGAGGUAAGGCCAAAAUCGAACAAACAAACUGGAAAAGUAGAUCCCAUCUCGUGCCGCAAAGAAAAGGUCAACCCAUACUCAAUCUGUCUGAGUCAAAGAGGACAAAACUCAAAGAAUAGCAACAAUUAA